GUGUUUCUUAUAAUCACCUCGUCAUCCGACACAAACCAUACUACAGUCAAACUAGACUAACUAGCGCCGCCAUACAUUCAGUGCUUUAUUUAAUCUGGUUUAAUUACUUUGUUCAUUAUGCGUUUUUAGAAAUAUUGCUUACAUGUUGUUUUCUGUUGCAAAUGUCCAAAUCGGUUUCUUCGAGGCCCAGCAAUUGUGCAAAACAUACGCACCUCUGAUAUCUUUUGGUGUUUUUUUUUCCACAGAAGUUAGGAAAGCUACUGUUUAAAGUGCAAAAUGGGAGAGGUUGGUAAAAAGUCCAAAAAUGCACAACUUGAUAUUGUUUGGCGCAUCUGCAACGCUUGUAUGUCGCUAUUUUUCGGACUGGCAACGUACGUGCAGAUAAAUGAUCCAGAUGCAGGAUUGUGGAUGGUGGGUUAUGGAGUCCCCUCGCUGCUCUGUGCUCUGAUUGGCUGGUGGCCUCAGGUGACAGAGAGCGCCCCCUGGAGGACAGUGUCAGAUCUUCACAUUCUCCUGUCUUCUGCUGCGGUCUCGAUUCUAGGCUGGACACUGGUCAAAGAACAGGUCACUGCCAUCUUCCAGCGUGAGGAAGGAAGGGAGUUUUGUGGACUGCUGUUGACUGUGUUUUGGCUGCUCCUCUGCCGUCGCUCAGGGAGGUGUCCUGUGGGCGUCCUCCGUGUCUCCGCUGCUGCUGCCGUUGCUGUUUUCCCUUUUGUGUCCUGGGUUUAUUACUACGUGAACAAAGAGCUGAGAGCAGACUGGCCCUCGCACUGUAAAACCGCCAUUUAACACUCAUCAGUAGAGAC